CUCGCUUUCCGUGGCUUUGCGGGCAGGUCGUGGAUUCUGCGACACGUGCAGACAGCUUCUGGGUGCAUUCGAAAGUCUGUUAUUUUGCUGGAUCCGGUUUUCGAGAUUCUUCGCAACAGCCUGACCUGAGGAGGUACGCGGCAGUGACAUGAUGCAGCACGCACUGACAGAGUAGAUACUGUGCAUCAGGAUGCCCGGCGCUUUUUCCUCUGGUUUAUCAGAUCUGAGCGCGGCGUGAUUUGACGCGUAGCAGAGAUCAUCAUGUCGGCUGGAGGCGAGCAUGGCGCGUCAUCUAGGGAGCAGCAGCUGGAGCAGGAGCGGCAGAUCGCGGCACUCAAGCAGCUGCAGGCUGACGCCGGCCUGGUGCCCAAGGCCAACGUGGAUGCCAAGCUGGACUGGAUGUAUGAGGAUCCUCGGGCUGCCAAGACGGAGGAGAGCACCGAGGAUUUCCUGCUGGGCAAGAAGAAACCCGACGCUGAGGGCAAGGAGGACGUCGAGCGGGUCAAGCAGCUGUCGGCCUCGCAGGGAGGGGCGGUGGGCUCUCUGUUCCUCACGUCCCUCACCACGACCACAGAGGACACUCUCAGGAAGCUCCGUGAGGACCCGCUGCUGGUCAUCAAGCAGGCCGAGAUGCAGCAGCGGCAGAACGUUUUCAAGAACCCGUUGCUCCGCGAGCAGCUGCUGAGCAAGGAUGACAAGGACAAGAGAAAGAAGGCCAAGAAGGAAAAGAAGAAGCAGAAGAAACGCGGCAGGGGGUCUUCGUCAGAGUCCGACGCUGACCGCAGGAAACACCGCAAGCGCGAGGCCAAAGACGAGGGCCACCCAUCCUCCGUCAAGAGGGAGAGGGAGGAGGGAGACAGGCGGGAAGGAAAGGGGGGCUUCUCCAUGCCUGAGGGCAAGUAUCGUCUUGAGGACACGCUGGACCUGAUGCAGAACGACCCCGACAUUCGUCGUGCGCGGGCCAAGUGGGACUCAGAGCGUGAGCGUCGGCGUGAGGAGCACUUCAACCUCGAGAUAGACCGGGAGAACAGAGGCAGGCGGGGCGGGGGGAGGGACAGGGAGAGGGAGGACGAACUCGAUGACGAUGACGACAUAUUCAGACGAGUAAGAAGCGGCGAGCCAAAACACACGCGGCCGACGAUAGAUUCGCCACCUGUGUUGUGUGUCUGUGUGGUGAUUGAAUGCAGAGGCGGGUGCGCGAUGCCGAGGACGAAAGGGACAGGGAGAGGGAGACGGCACGUGAGCGGGACACACGCGACAGCUACGACCGCCGCAACCCACCACGAGACGAACGCAACGGCCGCCGAUAUGACCGUGAAGAUAAUGACGACUGGCGGUCAUCUCGGAGGCCUCGAGAUGACGACCGAGAUCGAUCUCGUGACGAUCGGCGGCCGUCGCCGGUGCGUGUCAAGAGGGAGCCCGACAACGAGGAGAGGCGGUACGGCAGGAGCGGCAGCGACCGGCGCGACCAGAGAGACGACAGAGAUCGAGAUCUCGGACCUGACCCACGGGUGUUCCGAGGCCGGGAUGAGGGGCCCGCUGGGCGGGACGGCAUAGAUCGACGUGACCGCGACAGGAGGGAGAGGGACAGAGACAGAGGUGGUGGGAGGAUGACGGCUGAGGAGAGGGAGAGGCGGCUGCGCGAGAUGGAGGAUGAUGCGAAACGGUGAGCGGGCGAGGGCAUUCCUGGUGUCAUAUUUAUUGUGUUUGUUUAUGUAAUUAAUGUGUGCAGCCAUGAGGUUGAGCGCCACAGCCGUCUGAGUGAGAUGGAGAAGAAAGAGCAACAAGUCGAGAAAAUCGAGAAGGAACGACGAGAGGCACAGGUAACAUUUCAGACCCACCAAUCCACCCAUCCCUGCCGGCCGGCGGCCAUGCAUCUGCCCGUGUGUGCAGGCGGCUCGUUCGUCUGGUGAGGGGAUGGGUUCUCGAUACCUGGACAAGGUCAAGAAGAACGUCUACAUGGAGAGCGGCAUGAGCAUGGAGGAAAUCAUCAAACGCAACGUGGCCCGCAGACAGCGGCAGGGCGGGCAGGAGGACACACUCGAGCAAGACUGACUGAAGACGACUGACUGAUUCAUUGCUGCAUCUCUGGCGGCCCCCUGAUUGGUUGAGAGAGGGAGAGACGUCUGGUGG